AUUUUUUCGUAGCCCCCGAUCAGUUGAGAUUCAACCGCUGUCCACGAUCGCCGUGCUCUCUGGCCACUUCACCUCACCGCUGCCUGGGCAUUUCAAAAUUAUAAUUAUUCGGUUUUUUAUAUUCUAAUCUAAUUCCGCACCUCACACCCAGUCAGCAUGGAUCGCUCCGCCAUCGCGUCCCUUGUCAGCCCCUACCGCCGGCGUCCGUGGAUGACGGAGCAAGGAGCGGCGGCUGCGCCCAGCGGUCAGGUCGGCCUCAAGGGCAUUGUCGCUGGCGGCAUCACGGGCGGCAUCGAGAUCUGCAUCACCUAUCCCACCGAGUAUGUGAAGACACAGUUGCAGCUGGACGAGAAGGGAGCGGGGAAGAAGUACAAUGGCAUCUUCGAUUGCGUCAAGAAGACGGUGGGGGAGCGUGGAUUCUUCGGUCUCUACCGUGGUCUCAGUGUGCUCGUCUAUGGCAGCAUUCCCAAGUCAGCCGCGAGAUUCGGUGCUUUUGAAUUCCUGAAAUCGAAAGCCGUGGACUCCCGUGGACAACUAACCAGCUCCGGAAAGUUGCUUUGCGGCUUGGGCGCUGGUGUUUGUGAGGCCAUCGUUGCAGUAACCCCGAUGGAGACCAUCAAGGUGAAGUUCAUAAACGAUCAGCGCAGCGCCAAUCCCAAGUUCAAGGGUUUCGCCCACGGAGUGGGCCAGAUCAUCAAGACGGAGGGCAUCUCUGGUAUUUACAAGGGCCUUACGCCCACGAUUCUGAAGCAGGGUUCCAACCAGGCUAUCCGCUUCUUCGUACUUGAGUCUCUUAAGGAUUUGUACAAGGGUGACGAUCACACGAAGCCAGUGCCCAAGCUGGUGGUGGGAGCGUUUGGAGCUAUCGCCGGAGCAGCCUCGGUGUUCGGAAACACGCCGCUUGAUGUGGUCAAGACGAGGAUGCAGGGUUUGGAAGCAUCGAAAUACAAGAACACUGCGCAUUGUGCGCUGGAGAUCUUGAAGAACGAAGGACCCGCCGCCUUCUACAAGGGCACCGUGCCAAGAUUGGGUCGUGUGUGCCUGGAUGUGGCAAUCACCUUCAUGAUCUACGAUUCCUUCAUGGAUCUGUUCAACAAGGUGUGGGUGUAACUCGGCAGGCGGCUUGGCGACAUAGUUACUUAGUUCAUCCUACUCCCUAAAAACCCACUCGUGCAUUUGUCUGUUCCCAUUGUUCCCUAGUCGGCUGUUGCAAUAGUUUCUAGUUUCGUGACAUAUUCCAAGAAAGCAUUUUAAAUACACUUUAUACCCGUAAUCGGUAAGUGGCUAUAGAAAUUAUACAGCUUGUUUUAAAUAUUGAAAUAAAUUUGAAGUGUCUAUUUGAA